AUGUUCCUUAGAAUGGAGCCGAUUCCAAAACUUGUCGCUGGUCUUCUUCUGCUGACGUUAUGUGUGGUGGGCUGCUCUGGCCAACACUGGUCCUAUGGACUGCGUCCUGGGGGAAAGAGAAAUGCUGAAAAUUUGAUCGAUUCUUUCCAAGAGCUAGCGGAGGAGCUUGAUCAACCAGCAAAACCUCAGCGCUUGGAAUGCACAAUCCACCAGCCCCGACCUCCCCUCAGGGACCUGAAAGGAGCUCUGGAAAGUCUGAUUGAAGAGGAAACUGGGCAGAAGAGGAUUUAA